CAAUUUUCGUCAUUUAUUCUCUCUUUUGUUCGUCACCUUUCCUUUUUUUUGCUGAUAUACAGGCUAUUGAACUCAUACAAAAGUUGAGGUCUGCACCCUGUAUUAAGAGAAUUUAUCCAGAUGGAGAAAUUAUUGAUUAUUAUUCUCCAUUUUAGUCUUUUGAUUUCUGCAAUUAGUGGAUCCAAUGUCCCAUCAAUUUACGUUUUCGGGGAUUCGCUUUUUGAUGCUGGUAACAAUCACUACAACAAAAAUUGCACUGCUCAGGCUGAUUUUCCUCCAUAUGGAUCAACCUUCUUUCACCACCCUACUGGAAGAUUCACCAAUGGCAGGACGGUGGCUGACUUCAUUUCUCGAUUUAUAGGCUUCCCUUUUCAACAACCUUUUCUGGAGGUACAGAAUGAGAUUAAGAAUGGCAGUACAAAAGGUUAUCCAUCAAAUGGCCUCAACUUCGCAAGUGCUGGCAGCGGAGUUUUACGAGCGACAAAUCAAGAUUCGCAAUUUGUAAUUCAACAAUCCCUUUUCUUGUUAGAAUCCGGUUCGAAUGAUAUUUUCACCUAUUUUGAUCCAUUUAGCACCCCAACUCUCACGCCAGAUGCCUAUGUCGGGUCUAUGUUGCUGGAAGUUCGAAAAUUUAUCGACCAAAUUUGCAAGCUUGGUGCCCGGCGAAUUGCCAUAUUUUCAUUAGGACCGGUCGGCUGCGUUCCAGCAAGGGUUCUUUUGCCAGGUACACCAGUCACUAAAUGCUAUGAAAAAAUGAAUAAAAUGGUCGAGAAUUACAAUCAGGGCUUGGAGGGAGUGGUGAAUGGUAUACCUGUCAAGUAUCCAGGUGCAUUUGGUGUUUUAGGAGAAGUCUACAAAACUGUCCAGGAUUUUCGAGCAAAUCCAAGACGUUAUGGUUUUGCAAAUGUAACUGAUGCAUGUUGUGGCGAUGGAAUCCUUGGAGGAUUUUUGCAAUGUGGCAAAGAAGGUUACACAGUUUGUAAAAAUCCCAAUGAGUACUUAUUCUGGGAUUUCUUCCAUCCCUCAGAACAUACUUAUAAGCUCAUUGCAAAAGCCUUAUGGGCUGGAGGACAUACUCGAAUUAGGCCCCUGAAUUUGAAGACACUUGCCAAUAUGACCCUCCCUCAUUGAGGACAUCAGAAAAGUAAAUGAUGAGCUAUAAUCUAAGAAAAGUGCUUUCAGUAAUAUGCAAUAAAAUCAA